CCGAAGCCAUAUUUGUGCGUUUUCAUUUAAGCACAUAGACUUUAAAAAUAUCUGAACGAUAAUUUCAUAAUUAAAAGCGCUAAAAUCUUAAGUUUGUCCUCCGCGGCUUCCGUAGUCUGCGACAUCCGCGAGGAGGAGUUCCUGUUAAUCCAAACAUCGACGAAAUAACAAUCACGGUCACUUAUCGGUAAUAAAUUCCUCACAAUUAAUCGUCAGCAUGGCUGCUCAGAAGAUAAACGAAGCCCACGAACACAUAGCUAAAGCGGAAAAAUGCCUAAAGACAAGUCUGACAAAGUGGAAACCUGAUUUCGACAGUGCUGCAUCAGAAUACGCCAAAGCAGCUGUGUGCUUCAAGAAUGCGAAGCAGUACGAGCAGGCGAAGGAUGCUUACCUGAAGGAGGCCGAGUACCACACAGAGAACAAAGCGCUUUUCCACGCCGCAAAGGCCAUCGAACAGGCGGGAAUGAUGAUGAAG